AUGAUGAAUCGUUUUUCCGGUGUGGAAGCAUUCCAACGCUUUAUCAGUCUUUUCCCGAUAUGCAAUUGAGUUUACUUAAAAAUAAACUACAUUGUCGAGACUACUGACACGGCAUUUGUGUUCGAAGUGUAGAAAUGGAGUUGCUGAUAUUCCUUUUCCUCGACAUUUUGUGCGUCAGUUGUUUGAAUUUCGACAUAAAUACUGUUAAAGAAUUUAGUUUGAGUGAUGGAGUACCAAACACCUAUUUUGGUUAUUCUUUGUUGUUACAAAAAGGAUCCAAUCCAAUAGUUAUAGUUGGGGCUCCAAAAAAUGACAAAAGAAGUGGAGGUGCCAUAUAUGCAUGCGAUGCAAUGAACAGCGAGGGUUGCCAUAAAUAUAAUAUAACCACAAGUAAUUGGGGAACAAAAAAUGGAAACUUCUUGGGAGCGGCUCUUGAUGGUGAUGAAACCAAAGGACAGUCGUUCAUUGUCUGCGCCCCAAGGAAAAUGACGGCUCAUGGUAUUCCAAAACGUAAUUAUUACUUGAAAGGAUUUUGUGCCUAUCAAAGGAACUCAAGUAAACUCACCGAUAUUGUAUAUAAUUUGCAACCCCUGAAAACGAGAGGUAAUGUAAUUGAAGCCAAUGGUACAGUUUAUUAUAACAAUGCAUUUGGUCAAGCAGGACUGGACGUUCACUAUGUUCAAGAAUUGGGGAGAGCAUUUCUCGGUGCACCAGGCAUAAAAAAUUGGAAUGGUGCUUUAGUUUCGCAAUCGUUAUCAAAACCUGAAGAUUCUACAAUAAUUCCACAAAAUUCAGAUAUCUACGACAGAAUGGACUUAUUAGGAUAUUCAGUGGCUAGUAUGAGAGUGGGGAAGGAAAUUUAUAGCAUAGGGGGUGCUCCGCGAGCCAAUCAUUUGUUAGGUAUGGUUGGUAUAUAUAAAAAUUAUAAAGAGUUCAAAACAUUCUAUGGAGAUGAAGUGGGUUCUUAUUUUGGAUCAUCUGUAUUGAGUCAGGAUGUGAACAAUGAUGGGGAAGAAGAUUUAUUCAUAGGAGCCCCCAUGGGCAAGGGAUCAACUUUCGAGGAGGGUUAUGUUUACGUGUUUGAAAAUGCUGGAAGAAACACUGCAAAGCUUGUUGGAUCGAAAAAGACUGGUGCGAGAUUUGGAACCGCUGUUGCUGCUCUGGGAGAUAUAGAUCUUGAUUCUUUCAAUGAUAUUGCUGUUUCUGCUCCCUUCGAAGAUGACGGAACAGGCGCAGUGUAUAUUUACAUGGGAAGUCGGUUAGGCAUUAUUACUUCUUUUGCCCAAAGAUUGACACCAGAACAAUUCAAUGGUAAUUCGGUGAAUGUAAAAGGCUUCGGCGUAGGAUUGUCUAAAGGAAACGACAUCGAUGGAAGUGGACACAACGAUCUAGCGAUCGGAGCCUUCAAAACUGGAAAUGUCUUCAUCUUGAGGACCAAGAGUGUGGUCGACUAUAAAAUGUCUCUUCAUUCGAACGUAACGACUCUGAAGAUCAAUGAUGCCAACAAUAUGAAAGUUAAAUAUUGUGUAUAUUACAGUCAAAGGAGCAAAGUGAAGGACUUGAAAACGAUCGAUUUCAAUUUGACGAUUGCUUUGGAUUACAGAGUGAAAGGACAGAGAAUUCAUGUGAGAACGAUUGAAGCAUCUUUAGAGAAACUAUCUUGUGGAACAAUAGAUAUACUGACCGAGCCUUCUCCAGCAUUAACUCCGUUUACUAUAUCGAUGAUUCCGCAACUAUCUGACAGUGUUUUUGGAGUUGGAGAAAAUAAAAUAGAGAAAUCGAUAGUAUUUUCUCAUGGUUGUGGAGACGAUCAAAUUUGUCAAACGAGGAUAUCUCUUGAUUUGACACCGGACAAAUCAAGCAUUGUGUUGGGUUUAGAUAAGCAGGUACAGGUUUCUUUAACUGUGAAAAAUAAAGGAGAACCCGGUUAUCAAUGUCAACUUCUUUUGCAAGUACCUGACGAAGUAGAAUAUCGUAGAGAAAAGGAAUGCAAUUCAGAAAAUUCAACUUUAGCUUGUUCAUUUAGUACCACUCUGAUAAAUGAAAAAAAAUUCCAUUUAGUGUUUGAUAUCAUUUCUGACCACCCUUCUGCAGAAAACAUAAUAAUAGGUUUCGAUGUGGAAUGUACUGGGGAAAAUCUUGAACCUAAUAGUGCCAAAAAUGCUACGAUAGCUAUUGUAGAAGAAAAUUCUCCAUACAUUGAAGGAAAAACUGAAACACCAAAUGUUUAUUAUGAUGAUGAAACAAACAUCAUCGAAACGUCGCACUCUUUUGUGGUUGGUAACUCAGGACCAUCUCCUUUCAAAAUGAAGGUUCACUUGUUGAUGCCUAUGGUUCAAAUGGACGGUGUUGAUAUAUUCGAAGUAGUUGAAACAAAAGCAACGUCCCAGGGAGUCCAAUUUUUUUGUAAAUCUGAUAGGCAAACGGAAGUCUUCAACAACAUCAAUAAUUUGGAGUCGGAUGUACCUACUUCUCUCAAUAAAACUAUUGUUCUAGACUGUCUCCAAGAAGGUUCCAACUGUUUAGAAAUAAAAUGCGAAGGAGAGUAUCUGUACCCGUCAGAGCUGGCCAAAAUCAACGUGAAGGUUACUACCAAAACAAAACUAUUAGAUGCACAUUAUCAUGAGCAACUCCAGAUGAUGGAUGGCAUCGGAUACUUGGUUACAGGUUUCAUUCCCAACGCCAAGAGGAUUCAAAGCAGCUCUAUGGUUCUGAUAAUUCCGUCUCAACGCACGAAACCAGUUCCUUUGUGGGUGUGGAUUGUGGCUGCAUUAUUGGGAUUCAUAGUUUUAUUCGUGCUGACUUUCUUGUUAUACAAGUGCCACUUCUUCGAUAGGAUCUACAAAGAGAAAAUGAAUGACGAGAAGUUGAUAGAAGAAGAGAUGAAUGGAAACGCAGAGCCAUUGGAGAUAAUUGAUGAAUGUCUUGAAGAUACUGCUGAAGAAACUCCUGAAAACACUCAUGAUGAAUCACAACACCGCUGAACUCGAAUUACUCGAAAAGUAUAGAAUCUGAGCAUUACACAAAACACGUGAUAUAUACUGAAAACAAAUCUGACUAAUUUUGUGAUAACAAAAUAAAUAUGAACUAAGCUUGUGUCAAAA